AUGGAGGAUCAAGAAGUACCCUCUCUUCCUCCGCCGCAAAAUAAUAAUGAAAUUCCACCCCAAGACCAAGCUGUGCCGCAAGUCCAGCAACUGCAACCGGCCGUAUUGGAACCUGCGCCUGAACCUGAACCUGAACCUCAAAACCAACCCGAACCCGAACCCGAACCCGAAGUAGUUCCCUGGUAUUGGUGGUGGUGGGGGCAUGUACCAAAUGACGAUGAAUACGAGGAAAUUAAAUACAACUUUAAACAUAUCGGUAUCAUCACGGGCAUGAUGAUUCACUUGAUCUACUGCGUUCAGAAUAAUAAACCAUUAGUACCAGCAGCUGUUGAAGCUAUCGUCGUAGUCCCCGAAGGUUAUGUGGGGUUAUUAUGGAGAACUGGUUUCCUUCAGAAGCCUCUUCUUGGUCCAGGUAUUCAUGUAAAGAUUCCUCUCCUAGAAUAUUCUGAACUGGUUAGAGUGAUACCCAAGACAAAUAAGGUCAGUGUACCGUGUAGUACUAAAUGGGGUGUUAUGAUCAAUUUUGAGGAGAUAAAGGUUGUUAGCCAACUUCAUGAGGAAUAUGUCUUCGAGACAGUGCUCAACCAUGGUACGCGUUAUUACUUGAAAUGGAUCAAUGAGAAUAUUCAGGAUAAGAUGAAUAAGUUCUGCAACGCUCACACUUUUCAGCAAGUCUAUAUUGACGAGUUUGAUACGAUACAAGAAAAUAUGAAAGAAGCUCUGCAAAGUGACUGCAAUCGCCAUGUUCCAGGAAUCCAGAUAAUCAGUGUUAAUAUCACAAGGCCAACCAUUCCAGAUGGCGUAAGACUGUUACACGAACAGAUGGAAGAGGAGCGUACGAAGGUUUUAAUAGCUACGGAGCACCAAAAACUAGCCCUGAAGGAGGCAGAGACGAAGAAUCAGCUGGCAGUUAGCGAGGCUGAGACGAAUGCCACUGUGACGAAGAUCCAUAUGGAACAGCAAUUGAUGGAAAAGGAUGGGCUUAAACGCCAACAAGCAAUUGAGAAUGAAAUGUACCUAGCACGUGAAAUGAGCAUGGCAGAUGCACAUUUGUACCGGGUAACAAGAGAAUCUGAAGCAAACGCGAUUAAGAGGAAUGGCUCCCAAUUGAUGGAGGUCGUGCCUGGUACUAAUAAUACGUUUUUCUUCGGGGUUAGGGUUGCCAAUAUGGAUCCAAGGAUCUUUCAUUGA